AUGGGAUGGUCUGAGUUAGACGAAGUAUACCUCACUCUCUCGCAGGAGAGUGCAGACAGUGUUGAGGAAGCAGAAGCGUGUCGCAGCGACAGCGACACCGAAUGGGUGGAUGUACGACCAGUGCUACCGACCCUGCCGACAGUUUCUUCUGCUGCAAGCUCCCAAGCGGAUGCAGACUGUGGGGCAAGCUGUGCCAGCUCCGAUGUCCCCUCCAUCACAACAGCUGGCGGGUAUCGCAAGCCGGCACUUUGCAAUGUUUGGUGGAAAGAAAGCGUUGUCGCUGCUGCACACCACUUGAAAUGCAAGCAAAGUUUGGAGCCAGUGACACCUUUGAAGCUAGUGUCGACGUGUUCGGGACUUUUGGCAGAAGCAGCUGCGCUGCAAGAGGCCGCAAUGGCGAGCCUAGUGAGCCUAGGGCCUAGUGACUUAGUGAUUGUGCUUGGCGUGCCGGCCGAGUUCCUGUCCGCAGCGGACUUGAACGGUGACUGCCAGAAGAUAAUUCUGGCAAACUACCAGAGCGACGUGUGCCACCUGCACCCUGGGAUGGCCGAGCAAAUCUCAGGGAGUGCCUGCAUGCUUCAUCGUGACGCGACCUGCGGCUGCAGCUGCCAAGGAGCAGAGUUCGCUGUGUCGGGGACACCGUGUCCGCCCUACUCCGAUCAGCGGCACAAGCGCUUCCACGAUGGCUCUGUCAAAGCUCAUCCACAGGAUAAGAUCACAGCAGAACUGUUAGUGACAUGGUUGGUUACGCUGAAUCCCCAAGCAGGUUUGCAGGAAAAUGUCACUGGCUGGAACAAGUUAGACACAAGCACUCAUCAGAGAGAGACGACCACAGCGAUGACGAGGUUCUUGGAGAGCGUGCAAGACGCCACAGCCGAGAGUGGCCAACCCGGCUACCACUUCAUCGUCGUGGAGAUGGACCACAAGUGGCGUGCUGGCAAAACAGGCAGCCAUGUUCUUCGGAGGGAGUCUCGUAGAGUGUUGGAAGAAAUGGCCGAGGAUGCUGAGCAUGUAGAUCCAACUGCUGCCGAUGCACAAGCAGCAACCAAUCUGGAUGCAGACAUAGACGUAGGCAGACCGGUUGCCUUGGAGCUUGCUGUGCAGCAAUCUUCAGUGGGCAAUCCAAUGCCUCAGCAUCUUGUGGGAGUGCUGGCCCCAGGAUCAUCUGCGAGUCUACAAGUUUCGCUGCUACAGCUUGCGUCGGAGGAGCUAUCAAUUGCACAACAACAUGCAGGUGCAGAUGAAUCACGGUCCGAGAAGAGAGCAGACGAGUCUGAGGAAGGAGAUGCUGAUAUCUCGGCAUCAGCCCUGCAGGACUUCAUCGCCAGGGUAUUGGAUUCGGGGCCAAGGCCACAGACUGCCUUGGUUGCAGAUGCAGAAGCUUUGGGCAUUGCCACUCGAAGCUUCAGCCGAAACUUGAUUGCGUUGGCUUCAGCAACGCAUUUGUGCAGCUCAGCUUCCUGGUCAUUGCAUUGCCGAAUGCUGAAAGAGAGAAUAGAUGACGGCACUUUGAAAGUGAGACUGUUGUUGCGUCACCGCGUGUAUGACGAGACGCCCGUUCGGCUGCGUGUGCCACCUGCCAUGAACGAUAGCCGCGGUUUGAGAGCUGCCGACAGCUGCUUAGCCAAGGUACUCCAAACUAAAUUCCGCAUUGCCUUGUUGCUUGAAGAUGUGGCCUCGGGUCAGUUUGCUUGCCAUCAUGCGCCGCUUCAUGUACCGCUGCAGGCGUUGGAGAGCACAACCGGUGAGGACCUGGCAACCUCACAGAUUGCUAUGCACAGGCAUCUUGAAGAGGUGGAGAGUCUAGGGGCCCACUGCGAUCUUCGUGUGAAUAUUGCCACUGCGGAUAGGUACUCCGGCAAUCUUCGCGCUGAGGAGUUGCUCCACACGCUGCUGCCGCACGACAUCCCCACUCGUUUUCCAUGUCAGGUCCAUGACACGAGCCGGGCCAUGACCUGGCAAACAGCACCGGUCUCCGAAACAGUCACAGGCAUGAUUUCGACUGCCCUGGUGUUGGGCAGUGCUGGGACACUGUCCAAAUUUCGGCAAAUUUUGGCAGAAGAAAUUGAAGCCCGCCUCCAGAUACAUGUUGGUGACAUUCCAGGAGGUGAGAUUGAGGACUACAGGCUUGCCGUGUACAACUUGUAUUUGUCUUUGAACCUUGCCAAAUCCAGUGACAAACGAUUGAACAGGAGGAAGCGCCUUGUUCAGAGGAAAGUUUUGAACUACUUCUUGGCCAUGGACAUACAAGAUGAGACUCAGGUGACACUUUGCACCCACGGUCACUUAGUAGAUCCGGCACAGGCUAUGUGGCUGGUGCGCAGAUUCAUCGUUCCCGCACUCGUGCCGGAGGGCCUCCGGUUGUUUGCUCGGCACAGAUGGCACGGAGGAGAACUGUCAAUCGAUUGGUGUGGCCUUUUGCAGGCUCACCAUGGCUUAUUGAAGCCAGUGCUGCUUCGAUUGCUGGGGCCGGUCAGCAUGAUUUCUCCGAUUGCUGAUCCUUCCUCGGGUCUCGCUCUCGCUGACGACUCGGAUGUGCAUGAAGGAUGGCAGACUUUGGCAGUCGACAUGCUCAGUCGACAUGGGCAGAGAGAAACCAUGGAAGCCGCACAAGCAGCGGAUGCUGUUGCUGGAAGCAGUGCAGCUGCUUUGAGCAAUGAUGCUGAACAGCGGUUGGCGGAUUUCAACACAGCCGCCAAGGCCAAAGUGCGGGCAUGGAUCUCAAGUGCUGAUCUGAAUGUUUUUGCCAUUCUCAGGACUGCUCUUAAUCCUGUUGUGGACCUGGUGUUUCUGUAUUUGCAUAUUUCUUCGGACAAGUGGCGAAACCACCAAGAAUGGUCUUUGUGUCAGGGCAAGGAGCGCUCCUACAAGCUGACAGAAGUCUUUUUUGGCCAUGGUUUUACUGAGGCAAAGCAUCGUGUGGAGAAGGUUUUCCAUUCAGGUGUGCCGGCUCUGGCACAAGCUGGUUUGACACAGGCCAACAAGAACCUGCUUUUUCGACACUUGGCAGUUUGGGUCGGGGGGUUGAGUUUGUUGGGCAGAUUGAUCUGUGCCUUGGAGCACAAUCUGGGUGCGAUCCGCCAGCAGUUGAAGCCCUGCCAAGUGGACAUCCUGUCGCAAUGGUUUCUGGAUACUUUUCCCAGUGCAUCAAAGCUGCAAUCCGACCUUUGCCGAGCCAUGGUUCACAGCAUUGCAGCUUGUGUCUCGGUGGACGUUGCAGAAGUUGAGUGUCGGCAUGCACAAGUGCGAAAGCUGUUGACUGCCAAAGGCCAGACUUGGGAUACACUUCUCGAGACCCUCAGCGCAGACUUGUUGGUGCGACAGGUUGCUAAAGCACAGGCUGAUGAUGCAGAGGUUUUGGAUAGGUUGGCCUUCUACAAGACCCAUCCUGCGCCAGAUGAAGAUGCUUUUUGCGAGUUCAAGCAACAACGAGAGAUGAGAGUGCAGGCCCACAAGAAGCAUGCCCGGGCUGCCAAGGCCAAGCAGCGUGCCAAUGCUUUGAAAAAAAAGCAACGCAAGAGGAUCUUGAAACAACCUCCACAAGGUGGAGCUCAGCGAGCUUUUAUGCACCAGGAGCUGCCGAAGGCUUCUCGGCAAGACUGGAAGAACCGAGGGGCUUUGUUCAAGCGAGUCAAUGCAGCCUUCCACCGCCUGACAGCUGCCGAGAAGCAGAGGUUUUCGGAGCUUGGCCAAGCAGGCACCGACAGUGCCAGGGCUGGGUCAAAAGCUUUUGUGGCAGCAGAACCAAGGCCUGCAAAGCGUGCGAGAAAGCAAAUCGACGACAGUAGCAAUGUUUUUGUGGAAGGCUCUCAUCUUGCUGUGCAACAUGUGCACUCUGAAGAUACCGAUUGGGGAAGAAUCUGCACAAAAGCUUCGGACAUGCGCAAACAUGCAGUGGAAGAUGCUGCAGGCAUAGCCCGACGGAACGAGGACACGGAAGCUUGGCAACAGGGCCAUGUGGCAGCCUUCGUGGCUCAGGAUUUGGAGGCAAACGAGCACUCGGCUUUGAAAGCAGACCAAUUUGGUGCGGUUGUGCCUUUUGCACCCUGCCGGUAUAUUCCCGAAGCGGACACCUUCCCGACUGGUCGCUGGUUGAAUCCUGCGGCCGAGCUAGCAAAGGCCAGCCUCAUCAGGAAUGCCGAUCUUCAUGGUCGGCCGCACAAGGCGAUAAUGCGCUUGCAAGAUGAUUGGUCGUGCCGGCAUAAAUUGGUUCCGAGCCAGAAGGGUUCCCGUAUGCUUGCGACACCGUUCAACCGCAGCUCAUGCCUGCAGCACGGCAUGUGCAUUUGUGCCGGCGUUGGCCAACUGGCACAUAUGUGUCAUUCGAAUCUGGUCGAUGCUGUCCGGCCUUUCCUUCGUUUGGUUCCGGACAAAGCUGUUAGGACUGCUCCUGAGUCGGCCGGGGCAGGUCCAGCAGUCAAGGGAAAGAAGAAAAAAAGCAAGGCCCGCUUGAUGAUGGAACAGUCCGAGCUUUUCUUGGAACUGCGGCCAAAGCCAAAGCACCAGGCAGCGAGUUCUGGAGAGGGCUUGGCUGGUUGGUCUGCAUUGGAGGCACAGUUUGCUGCUGCGGCAACUGCUUCAAGCACUUCAUGGGAUGAGUACACUGACGAGUCGCUUUGGUUCUUCGUCGGCUAUGCCAACUUCAAAGUCUAUGACUUCACUUUCCUGGUGUUGGAAUGCUUGGAUGUCGAGUGCAACAGCGACGAGGUCCUGAACAAGGCUUUUUUGCACGUUCCUGAUGAGAGCUUGCAUGUCAGUCGGUCACGCAUGGCUUUGGCUGACCUUGUGGAUUUCCACAGACAGUGGAGAGCAGUGUGGUGGCAGCUGGACAACAGACAUAAGCAGCUUAACAAGGAUGACUUCGUGCCUGAUGUUUUGGAGGUCAUACCGCUCAAUCCAGAGUUGCUUCCUGUGUUUACAAUCUGGCAAGGCAAAGCAGAAGAAGAGCUCAGGAGGAAGCGUGCUCCUUCAAGAAACAGCGGCGGAGGUGGGCACGGUCCUGGUGGCCCGCCGGGUGGACCGGGCGGCCGCAAGCCUCAGGCGCUUACAGUAGACACAAUAUACUUAGAGUCGACUUAA